UGUCAUUUUAUUUUAGAAAUAGGAAUUCAUGAGUCGAACAUGGAUGAUCUCAAUUCCAUCGAAAAACACGAAUAAUGGCUUCGUCUGUACAAAAUAACAGAGCAUCGCCUUCGGGCUACUGUAUGUGUUGCAGAGUGUGUAAUAACGUGUGCUGGCGAGCGUUUAAAUGGAUCCCUGUACUCUUGAUAGUGUCUAUCAUAACUUGGUCAUAUUAUGCCUACGUUAUUCAGUUAUGCAUUUUUACAAUUGAGAGUACGGUGCAGCAAGUGCUUUAUCUUAUAGUCUACCACAUCGUACUGUUCAUGUUCGCCUGGUCAUAUUGUCGUACAAUUUUUGCACAAAUUGAACCCAUACCAGAAAAGUUUAAGUUACCAGAGGAAGAAAUAGAGCGAUUACUCAGCGCAGAUUCAGAAGAAGCGCAGAGACAGAUCUUAGACAACUUCGCCAAGGAUCUCCCUAUAGUGACAAGGACAAUGUCAGGCUCAGUGCGAUAUUGCAACCGCUGCGUUUUAGUCAAGCCGGACAGAGCGCACCACUGCAGCCUCUGCGGGCGUUGCGUGCUUAAGAUGGACCAUCACUGCCCCUGGGUCAAUAAUUGCGUGUGCUUCCACAACUACAAGUUCUUCAUGUUGUUCCUGGGCUAUGCGCUGGUGUAUUGCACCUUCGUCAUGGCUACCUGCCUGCCUUAUUUCAUUAAAUUUUGGAGGGGAGGAGAUUUCGGCAACGCGGCGAACGCGGGCCGGUACCACAUUGUGUUCGCGUUCUUCGUGGCGCUCAUGUUCGGGAUCUCACUGGGCUCGCUGUUCGGGUACCACUGCUAUCUCGUCGCCACCAACAGGACGACUUUAGAGGCGUUCCGAGCGCCCAUGUUCCGUGGAGGCGUGGACAAGAAUGGCUUCUCCAUAGGCGCCUACGGGAACUUCAAGGAGGUGUUCGGAAACCAGCCUUGCCUGUGGCUGGUACCCGUGUUCACAAGCUUCGGAGACGGCAUCGCGUUCCCGCUGCCGAUCCCCGAGGAAGACACCGAGUCUCUGCUGAGCUCCGAGCGCUGGGACCGCUGGGGCGAGCGCGCGCGGCCCUUCGACGAGCGAGAGAGCUCCUCCUUCGACGAACUAUGAGUGUAAGCUAUGGUGUCCACUUUACAACGGUUUUACUAGAGCUGGGCGCCACUGAUUGUAAAACUAGUUAGGGUAAUUCAAGUCAGGAUAACCAAAAGUUGAGGUAAACAACUAAACAGGCAGUCCCUGAAGUCUCUGCUGAGUUCUGGGGUAAAGGAGUAGGUAUAUUCGAUGAGCGAAAGAGCUUAUCGUUAAGUGAACUAUGGUGUAAGCGGCGGUGUCCGCUUUAAAACGGUUUUACUAGAAUUGGGCGCCACUGUUACAAAACAAUUUAGGGCCAUUAAAAGUUGGAGGAAAAAGGUAGUCUCUGGGGUAAAGGUGUAGGUAUAUUCGAUGAGCGAGAGAGCUUAUCGUUAGGUGAACUAUGAUGGUAAGCUGUGUCCUCUUUACAACGGUUUUACUAGAUCUGGGCGCCACUGUUUCUAAAACAAGGUAGGGUAGGGCCAAACGAGCAAGGCCAUUCGAGCAUAUGACGAGCGAUAGGUGCGAUGCCUGAUUUUUUAAGGGAAAACUUCUACCCCUAAUAAACACUGGUAUCGAUGGGGCGAACGUACACGACCGUUGGCCGAAUUGUUAUAAAAUGAAAGCGUUAAGUACCUACAGUCACCGGCAUAAAAUAAGUGAUGAUUUUUGUACAUUGUCACAUUAACAUCUUGUUUGAAAUGUCAUACGAGGUUGUCAAAUGAAUAAAAGCGACUAAGUACAGAAAUCAUCACUUAUUUAUGCCGAUGUCUGUACCUAUUUAAACUGUGUGACUUAGAUUUGUGGGAUGCUUAAGUACUUAUAAAACAUUCCAAUACAGUAUUGACAUGUAACUAACUCUACUUACCGUUAGACGACAUAAGAUCCGACAAAGUACAAUUUCGGAAUCUCGAUUUAUUAAAUUCCUACGUACAGUCGAGCUACAUCUACACGAACAAAAAUAUCGGCAGGUAUAGUGGGCCAACAAAGUGGUCUACCAGUUUUGACAAAAUUUUCUGUGAGCUUUAACGAUCGCUAAGGUUGACUUGACAUAUGGCAUGACGUAAGUAUCAUAUAUAGACGGAGCAAUUGUCACUGACAUAAUAUUAUUGCAAUGGGAAAUCGACCUUGUUGUCUCAUGACGUUCAAACGAACCUCAACCCUAGGGUGGUAAACCACAUUUUUGGUCGACUGUACCUACAGCCUUUAAUGCUCAUAAAUAGUAUAGGAGUCGUGUUCAGAUAUUUUUGUUCCAGUUAGUGCGUUUUCACGUUAUCCGAUCCGCUAUCGGAUGUCGGAUAUAUUUAAGACGGCAUCUUUGAUUUUUUCCUUUUAAAUCCUUCCUACAUCGGAUAUCGGAUCGGAUAAUGUGAAAACGCACUAACUCCAUAGAUGUAACUGAACGUGACUGUACCUAUACCUACUUAUACGUUCACUGGCAAUAACAUCACACAGAAAGAAGGAUGCAAAAAUAUCGUGCACAAUUUUAUUCCUAGAACCAUACGUGUGUAUCAAAUAUGUAUACAGCCUUAUUUUUGUACGAUGUUAUUGCCGGUGACUGUACGUACAGGAAUGUUUCACUUCUAGAGUCGUAUUAGGGCCAUUUUUUUCAAAGUCGCCCACCCCACUUUUUUUUGCAUUUGGAAUUUUUAAUGUGGUUUCCACUUA